AUGGUGGACAACUCGUCUACCAUGUCAGACCAGCAGGAGCUUGUUGCAAGCUCCUGGUCUUCAUUAACAAGAGGAGUUCACGACUGGUCUACCCUGGACGAGUGUGAUAGCAGGACAGAGGAGAUUUCUGCAUAUGCGGUCUUAGCUCACGAGCAGAAUGGAACUGCAUUCCAGCACCAUUCACUUCGUUUCACCGCGAUAGGAGCCGAUACGGAACGUCAAGGCAGCUGCUCGGCAAGAACGGGCCCGAAGCGAUGGAUCCGUUUGGAGAACCAGCGGGCCGACGAUGAAGCUGAGGGAGGGUCAACGAGCGUUUGCACAUCAGAGGACUCGGGAGAAGAUUUCUUGCUGCAAGUGGAGCUUCGGGUGUUUUCAGCCGCCGAUCAUCGAUACGCGUUUGGGGUUCUGACAACCCUCGAUUGCCUGCUCAUGAUUUUCCUUGACGAACAUCUACUUGUCGCUCGGAACCUUGACAACUACAGCGGAAACGCGACAUUAGACAAAGCAGAGUAUUCUCGUGUUGUGAAAGGGAUGGGGAGGAGGCUCUCAUAUGGGUUCAAAAUCGCCGGGGGAGAAUAUUUCGGACCUCCAGCCAAGUCAUUCUAUGACAUCGUUCAUGGAAAUUCGUUUGCUCGUUCUGUCAUCAUCAAUCAGAAUGCCCCGAUCCUCUCCGAGCAUCCGGACAAGAAGGAGCCAGCACCUGCUCUAGAAGCUCUUCGUUUCAUCAUAGUCACCCCAGCUCGCAACUGCGCGACCUGGAUCCGAUUCACGGUGGAGAGCGUGUUAGCGCAAAGCUACAGGAACUGGGAGCUGAUUGUGACUGACGACCACUCGUCGGAUGGCACUGGAGAUGUUGCCAUCGAGGCCUCCAGGGUGAUCGUGAAUGAAGAGAGGAAGGGAGCCUUGUACAACACCAUCAACGCCAUCGCCAUGGCCGAUCCCCAGGAUGAUGACGUCAUCGUCGUCGUCGAUGGAGAUGAUUGGUUCGCACAUCCUAACGCGCUCGCUCUCGUGGCCCGCAAGUACGAGGAGGGAGCCUGGAUGACCUACGGGACUUUCAUCGAGUAUCCCACCGGCCUCGUGCCUGACUGGAUCGUCGACUUCCCCAAAUGGGUCAUUGACUCGAAGUCUUUCCGACGCUUUCCUUUCAUCUCAUCGCAUCUCAGGAAGUCUUUCUGCUACGAUGAGGAUCAUGGGUGGGGUCCCAAGUGCUCCAACGGAGGACGAUACUUCGACAGGGCAGGAGCAGAUGUUGCCGUCAUGCUCCCGCUGCUAGAGAGAGCAGGGGAGAGGAUCAUGCGUGUGGACUCAAUCCUGCUGGUGUACAACAUCGCAACACCCAGCAAUGACUACAAGAUCCACCUCAAGGAGCAGUGGGGAGUCGACGAACUGGUGCGAUCAAGGCAGCCACUGAGUCGCAAACAAGGUCCGUCGAACUCCCUUCCUGUCUCCUUCACUGCUUCACCUCCUUAUGCUCUUGCUCUUGCUCUUGCUCUUGCUCGACCUCAUGACUUGUCGGAAGGUUCAAGAAGAUCUCCUUCCUCUGAGCCGCCAAGCAUCGAGGUCCUCACACCAGUCAACGGAGCUUCUCAUCGGGCACAGGAGGAACUGCACAUCGAGUAUCGUGUUGGGGGCGUUUGGGUACCGGAGGAAGCCGUUGCUGAGUUGUUCCUCGACGGCAAGUUGAUCGUGCGGGGAGAUCGUUCGGAGCUGCUGAUCUCUGUGCCUCAGGAUAUCGUUCCUCCUGGACAACAUCAUGUCGACGCGGACCUGGUGGGCCCUGAGGGGGAAGUCUUAUCCUUCCACUCCAUCUCGUUCACUGUAGUCUAA